GAGAGAGAGCGUAAGAUCAAGGAAGCAGCCUUGGACGAGCGCAUCUCGAAUACGAGCUUGGAAGAGUACGCGCCAGUGUGGAAGAAACAUACACGAAUCGUGAUACGCACCCCGAAAAUCGGAGGAGAUCCGGAGCAUCGCGAUCGCCGUGAGUCGAAGACGCGUUCGAGACAUGUUAGUCCACGGACGACGCGAUGUCCGCGCCGAAAGAACCGGACCCUUCAAAUCCGGCUUGAUUCAGUAACGAGAACUAUAGAGGAUCGCUGGGACCGGUCGCGAGAGAGGAGAGCGCGCAAAUGUCUCCCGCGAGGAUCUCGUCGAUGAUUCGUGCGGCGGAGAUGAAAUAAUCCGCAGUCUCGAGCGAUCCAACGAUCAUCCGAUUCGUCGAAUCAGGAAGAAAGAGAGAGAGAGAGAGAGAAGAAUCGGGCCGACGAGGACGCUACGCGUCUCACGGGGAGCUCACGGGCGGAGGUUACACUCGCGAUGACGUGGCGAGGAGGAUGAGCGCCGAGGUGACGAAGGAGGUCGUCGCCACCGAGAGGGUGCCGACGAGCCCUCCGGCGGCGAUCGCGACCUCGCCGGGCGCGGUGCCGCCCGGUCUGCCGCCGUUCAGCAGCAGCUUCGGCGAUGCGAUGGACACCUCAACGACACUCACGACGCUCCACCCGCAGGAUAUCAGCCUGAGCCUGCCGCCCUGGGAAUAUUACACGGAGGGCCUGACGAGUCGGCUGGUCGACUCCCGUGAUAUAGCGAACCAGCAAUACCGGCCGUGGGAGUCGAAAGGCUGCAGCACGGAGCUGCCGAGCUUCACCAGCCAAUUCACCGCCCCGAGCGAGGCCGAGCCACAGUUGACGGCGUUGACCCCGCUGUCGCCGGUGUCCAUGUCGCACUCACCGCCGGUCACAUCGGCCGUGGGCCUGCCCAGCUUCCACACCUUGGGCACGCCGUUACCGGUGCCGCACACGCAUCGCGGCUCGAUCGGCUAUCCGCUGGUACCGGCACCGGUGCAGGCUCGGGAGGUGCCGGCGCUCCAGCAGCAGCUACUCGACGAACGUCACAUACAGCUGCUGGGUUCCAGCCCGGUGCAAGCGUUCCCGCCACCGCCGCCGGGCCACCCUCACCAUACGGUCCUGACGGUGGUGAAGCCUGAGUAUCCGCAGCUGCACCAUGCGAACUUCCAGAAUCCGAUGUCGACUGUGCUGGACUCCUCGCCGACCUCGAGACCGAUCGGCAUCGACGGCCGCAAGAAGGAGCGCAGAAAAAUCCGCGCGGGCUCUAUGGAGUCGGAGGACGGUGGAGGAGGAGGAGGCGGAGGGGGCGCCGGGAACGUCGAGAGUUCCGGCCAGGUAGCCGCGGUGUCUUCCACCGCGAAUCGCGGCGUCCACCAUCUCGGCGGCGGCAUGACCGACGGCGACGGCGACGGCGGCCUCGGGGACAAGCCGGCGAAGAAGAAGCGAAAGAGAUGCGGCGAGUGCAUCGGCUGCCAGCGCAAGGAGAACUGCGGCGACUGCGCGCCGUGCCGGAACGACAAGAGUCAUCAGAUCUGUAAGAUGAGGCGGUGCGAGAAGCUCACCGAGAAGAAGCACCUGUACCACCUGCAGACCGGCGAGGGGGCGUUUCGGGAGCGCGGCAGAGGACGGGGCAAGGGUGCCACGAGGAGUUACCGAAAGAUCGCACGACAAGUCAGCACGCCUGACAGCGCACCAGCUGGUCUUGGCAGUCCGCAGGCUGGUAUCGGCGGCCUGCAGCAACAGCACCAGCAACAAACGCAACAAUCUCUGCACCAGCCUGAUCCCAUGCAGCAAACCAAGGACAAUCUCAACUCGGGGGCGAACCAACAGUCGGGCGCCUUGAGAAACGGAAACCCACCACCACCUGUCGUCUCUAUGUCAACCGGCGUGAUGCCGUUCUACGGAGAUUCUAGCACCGGUUUCCGACCAGCGGCUGGUUUUGGGAACACAGUCUGGCAUCAGGGAGUCGGACCAGUCGGCGCGGUCGCGGUCGAGACGUCGCCGGCGGCUUGGCCGCCUCAACAGUUCAUUCAGCAGAUUCCCGCGCCGAAUCAGCUCGAAGAGCUGAGGUAUCACACUCAGUACGGCGCCGCGGCGCCGUAUCAUCCUCAGCCAGUCUCGUAUCAGCAGCAGACAUUCAUAACGGCGGAUCAGUCCGCGUUUCAACGAGCCGGCACGACGGGACAGUACACCAUCACGGGACAGCCCUCGCCGCUGGCGACUGUCGGUGGGCAGCCGGUGGUCUCGACGCCUCAGAGGCAGAUGAACGGACAAUUCGUAGAUCCCGCGGCCACCGCUAAUCAACCGGUUGCUUACGAGAGGCAGGACUACGUGAACGGCUAUCAACAGCAAGAUGUGACAGGCAUGGCGCCGCCUCCGUCGACGACGCCGACGAGUCGCAGCAGCUCGGUGCACAUGGACAGUCAGCAGCAGCAGCAGCAGCAGCAACCGGGUGGCCCGCAACAGCCAUCGCAGCAGCAACAGCAGCAACAGGCCGCUGCGGACACGCAAGUGAAGGGCUUUGCCGCGAUCGCAGCCGCGAACGUGUCGGGAAACGAGAUGCCUGGGUAUCCACUUCAACAGGACCCACAGAGUUUACACAACUCUAACGGAUAUCCAGGCUACGUGGAAAUGGGUCAGCAAGCAACGCAGAGCCAAUGGCAAAUGGUAUCGCAGCACCAUCAGCAGGCGCAAAUGCAACGGCAGCAAUCAACGGUGGUCGACAAUAAUCAACGGCACAUGUGGCCGGACGCGAGCGGAAAGAUGAGCAAUAGCGUAAACAGCAGCAUGAAUUGGCAGGACGGAGGGAUGCAGAAAGCUCCGAAGCAGCAAGUGGAGCAGCAACAAGCUACCCAGCUGCAGGAACUGCCGAGACCGGCGAGUCACAUGAGCUGGGAGACCGGGAGCGUGAAGGAACCCCAUACGCCGCAAUCGUGGUCCGAGAACGCCGACAGUCAGCAACAAACUCAGGGAAACUGGUCGCGACAAAGCCCGAAGCUGAGGGAUCCGCAGAACUCGCGCCUCACGCCGUCCGGUCAGCCGCCUCAACAUCAGACCUGGCUGCAGCACUCGCCGAAACUGUCGGAUCAGCACAACAGCGGCGCCCAACAGAACCCACGAAUGACGCCUUCCGCCCAACGUGGUUGGCAGCAGAACAGUCCAGAGAUGCAGGGCUCUCAACAGAAUCCCAGGCUGACGCCCUCCGGGCAACAGAUGCAGCAACAACAACAGUGGUCGCAGCAGACCAAGGUGGAGCAGAAUCCCAGACUCACACCGUCCAAUCAAAUGUCAUGGCCCGACACGCCGACUAGUCAACCGAAUUGGUCACCGAAUAGCAUAAAGAGUGAUAAUAGUCAACAGCCGCAGCAACAGUGGCAGGAUUCGAGUCCUAGACGGACUCCGGGCCACCAGUGGCAGGGUCAACUGACGCAAGACAACAAGCUGGACGGUCGAGUCGCCUGGUCGCCGAAUUCCGUGUCGGAGAGCCAGUCGGCCUGGGGACAGCAGGCGACGAAGCAGGACUUGCAAAACUCAGGGGAAAGAAUCGCCUGGCAGCAGUCUGCGGUGGAGGCUAACAAGCCGAACGGUUUCCCGGAGAACCAAGACAACGUUCCGGAGAAUAACAUGUAUGCUCAAGCAAAUCGUGUGAAUCUCACCAGUCGAUUGAAAUCGAUGAUUCUGAAUAAGCAGCAGCAGCAGCAACAACAACAGCAGAUGCAACAGCAGCAAAGCCACCAGGAUCAACAUCGUAACAUGCAUCACCAGAUGCAGGCGCAACACGUCAGCAGUAACAACGGAGGCACCGCGGUGGAGUAUCCAACGGACGACCGAUUGCGCGACGCGCACGAGAGCAACGAGAAGAUGCAGGAGAAGCGCACGGAUCACUUCAUCAAUCAGUCGAACGUCAUCUCGAUGGCGCAACCGAACGAAAACAUGACCGGUAAUUUUUUAUCGCAUAGCCACCACCCUCGGGUAGAUAAUUUGCCCGACGGUGGUGGCUUAUGGGGAUGGGCGGGGGGAGAACACAAUCAGAGUAACAAGAACAAUAGCGCGGAAAACGGCAUGACAGCCCUCGAGAACUUCAUGAAGCUCGCCACGGAGAGCAAAAGCGAUGUUGACCGAUGCUGCGACAAGGAUCGGUUGUCCUGGCAGACGGAGAAGAGUCACGAAGAUCAAAGCGUCGACGACAAGUCCUUCCAACAGCGGUUGUGCAUGGAUCAGAUCGUGUCCUUCGAGGAGUCCCGGAAAACGCCCGAGAGCGACGAGGCGAAGAGCGACAGUCUGGACUUCCUGAAGACCACGGACACCGCUGUCGAUCCGCUGUCUUCCCGGAACGUCGACGCCGAUCGUGCGAUCAAACGAGAAGGCGUCACUGCGGACUACAACAGCGACGACAUGGCCAACAAUGUCACCGAAGAAGAGAGUGAGAAGAUCGUGCCGGAUUACAAGUUCCGCGGCGACGGCGGUCCCGCCAAGGUGUCGCCGGGGACCGGCUCAUGGUGCUGCCGAAGAGGCGGCACCGAGCAGCCGACUCCCGAACACCUCAAGGACGGUUGUUGCCAAGGUCUCCAGACCAAGGACGAAAUGCUGGCCGAUUCCCCGCAGAGAGACGAGUCGAAGAGCGAGGGGGGCCCGCACAGUCCACGCACCUCGUCCGCAGCGACGACUACGACGACCAAGUUGCAGGAUCAUCUGGACAAACUGAAGAACAACGUGAGGACCGAAGUGCCGGACUGCAACUGCUUCCCCGCCGAUAAAUGUCCACCUGAGCCCGGCUCAUACUACACUCAUCUCGGAGCGGCCGCGAAUCUGCCCGACCUAAGGAACGAUCUCGAACGAAGAACCGGUCUCAAGGGCGAUGCGAUAAGAUUCGAGAAGGUCAUUUAUACCGGCAAAGAAGGCAAGACCACGCAGGGGUGUCCAAUGGCCAAGUGGAUCAUCCGACGAUCCGGCAUCGACGAGAAGAUCCUGACCAUCGUGAAGCACCGUCAAGGUCACAAAUGCCCGACCGCCUGGAUCGUCGUGGCUAUGGUCGCCUGGGAAGGAGUACCGACACACGAGGCCGAUCGGAUAUAUUCUCUUUUAAGUCACAAGCUCAAUCGAUUCGGUCUGCCCACGACCAGACGAUGCGGCACCAACGAACCGCGAACCUGUGCGUGCCAAGGACUCGAUCCGGACACCUGCGGCGCCAGCUUCUCCUUCGGUUGCUCUUGGUCGAUGUAUUACAACGGGUGCAAGUACGCCAGAAGCAAGACCGUGCGGAAGUUUCGACUCUCAGUCCGAUCGGAGGAACAAGAAGUCGAGGAGCGAAUGCACGUUUUAGCAACGCUUUUGUCACCUCUGUACCUCAGCCUCGCGCCGGAAGCGUUCAAUAAUCAGACGCAAUUCGAGCGAGAGGCGAGCGAGUGCCGUUUGGGUUUUAAGCCGGGCCGGCCGUUUUCCGGUGUCACCGCUUGCAUUGAUUUCUGCGCUCACGCUCAUCGGGAUCUGCACAACAUGAACAACGGGUGUACCGUGGUAGUCAGUUUGACAAAACAUCGAACAUUAUCGAAACCUGAAGACGAACAGUUACACGUGCUACCUCUUUACAUAAUGGACGAUACGGACGAAUUUGGUUCGAAGGAAGGGCAAGAGAAAAAAGUUCGCUCCGGUGCCGUCGAAAUCCUGUCCAAGUAUCCAUGCGAGGUUCGAGUUCGAUCGGUUCCGCUUCAGCCCUGCAGACGCCAUGGCAAGAAAAGAAAAGAGGACGAGCCUGAUACCGUGAGCGGCAAAAAAGAUGCGAUGAAGAUGGCGUCCGAGAAGAUGUCGGACGCCGCCGGCCGCUCGCCAGGACACGCUGACUCUUCUCGACCGCAGCUGAGGGACUCUCAAUUGUCGCUGGAGAUGACGCCGAUGUUCGAAGGUAUCGACGCGCAGUUGCAGAGCUCCCAGGUGUCAUCUACGGUCUUGGAUAGCCCGGUGUCCAUGUAUCAAGGAUGGGGAUACCAAGGUGAGUCGCAGUGGAGCCGGAACGGUUGGCUCGAACAGAGAAAGAGCAACUGGCUGAACCCGUGGGGAGAGUAUCCGCCUUUCGGUGGCAUAGAGAGGGACGUCAGGGUAGACCCGGACAGCACCAGCUUGGACGACAUCAGACCCAGGAGCACCGUCUCCCAAGAAGAACACAGACCGGGUUCGCGAAACUUGCCCAAUUCCACGGUGGAUUCGGUCAGAGGAUGCUACGGGAAUUCACCGAGAGCUGCUCACCCGAUCUCACCUCGUUCACACUCGACCAUACCCGGAGAAGCGUCCUACGUGUCGCCCAGAGGCUGCCUGUCGACGCUUCAGGACCCGAAGAUGAUCCCAUCCAAGGGACCGGAACACCCGAACGCGGAAAUCAGCUACAAUCAUCACAUGGCGCCCGGUUCUUACUCCAUUCACGACAACCGGCAAAACGACUGUUCCCCGAGAGUCGUCAACUCUUCGUCGCUGAGCGUGGAAGCCGCGUAUCGAAAUACUCCAUCCAGGAUGAAUCCGUCACCGAUCGCUACUCAUCAUGUUCGCAACGUCGGGCAGGAUUACAUGGCGAAUCAGCUGAGGUUGCCGUCGCAGAGAUACAUCGGAGAUUCUAGUCAGCAGAGAUACUCGGACAGCAUGGCGCAAAAUUACAUGGACGUCGAGAACCCGGCGAAAUUGGCGUUGCUGAGGCCGCAGAUCGAGCAAACGUUCGUCAACAGAACGUCGCAGCAUCCCUAUCCGCCGCAACAGAUGCAGUCGUCGCCCAUCAAUCCAGUCUAUCAGAAUCAGUAUGGGGGGGACGGUAAUGCGGCGAAUCUUUUCUCCUGCAUGGACAGCAAGUUAGAGAGUGCAAACUCGGACGUUCCGGUGCACAGUUCGUUGCACUUGCCGGCGUUCGAGCAGCGGAACGACGCGCAAUGCACGCCGAACGAGCAGCGGAAGUCCGCUCAUCAUCACGCGCAGAGACAAUCGGAAACGAAGCUCUUCAGCCAUCCUCCAUCCCCGUCUUCCGAUCAGGUUCAUCCGCGAAACUGGAACGCGACGAACCCCGCGUGGUGUCCAUCCAACCAGAUGAAGAAUCCACAGCGAGCCAACGAUCAGCAAAUGGCCGACAAGAGGAUCUGGACCGGUAAGCUAACGAGGUCGGACCAAAGCAAAUCUUGGGAAACGCCAUCUCCCUUCCGAGUGCCGAGAGGAAGACCGCCCUCGCGAACGAUAUCCAGUCAGAAUUCGCCGGCGGAGCCCAACACGUAUCCGAAUCCUCUAACCAGAACGUUCCUGAAGCCAGCCGAACCCACGAAACCCGCUAUUUAUAGCGCGGAUACGUUGAGCGGCGGCGCCGUACAAAAUGGCUGCGUGCCCAACCAGCCGAAGAGCAGCUGUACGGAAGACAAGCUGCGAGAAGGCUUCUACGACGGCAGGCAAGAAAUGUCGAAUUCCAAUCCGAAUUCUCUCGCAUGGGCCGAGGAGAUGAAACAAGUGCAAGACUUCCACGCGAUGUCCGGCCUGGGUCACCACGCGUUCCCGCAGUACGGCUACCCGACCUAUCCGGUGUUCGAGAAGCCGUGGGAGAGCUACAAUUACGGCCAGUCCUAUCAGACACCGGAGUACCCGCAGCAAUUCUACCAGCAGCCGAAGCGUGAGAGUUGCUUCCAUUCGCCUCAGUACCCGUACCAAAGUCUGAAUCCCGCCGGUUGGACCAGGUGGGACGCCGCACCCCGGUGGGACAUCUACGGCCCGCCGCCGCCGUACUUCCCGGUGUUGCCGGAGCCUCCGCCCAAGGCGGAGCCGCUCGGCGAGGUGGCGGACUACUCCGACAACGAAGAGUGCUUCAAAGAUCCGCAGAUGGGCGGUGUGGCGAUCGCUCUGGGCCAUGGUAGCGUGUUGUUCGAGUGCGCCAAGCACGAGAUGCACGCCACGACGGCCCUGAGGAAGCCCAAUCGUCUGAAUCCCACCAGGAUCAGUCUGGUGUUCUACCAGCAUCGCAAUUUGAACAGGCCCAGGCACGGCUGGGACGAGUGGGAGGAGAAGAUGCGGCUGCGAAAGUUGGGCGUCACCGCCAGCAACAGCGCCUCCUCUUCGUCGACCCCGACCGUCGCCACCAGUCCAGGCAGCACCACGAACGAAAAGACGCCGCCGCUUCCGUCGUUACCGCACAUUCCGAACGUUCCCAAUUCGCAGUUCAUGAUGAGAUCACCCACCUACACCACGAUGACCUGGACGACGCUCUUCCGGAUGCAUCCCUGCAUCAUAACCGGUCCGUAUCAAGAAGGCGGUGCGAUCGGAUGAGUCGAGGUCGCGAGAUACGGCCUCGAGCGCCGAUGACCACCACCGAAAGACACCGGACCCUUCGAUGAGGCGGCGUCGUUGAACCAUGAGAGGCUUUAUAUCGUUAUUAUCGUUAUAGUUAGUUACUCCGAGAAAAAAAAAAACACACACUUUGCACUGCCAUUUUUUCUAUUUCGGGUUUUACGCAGGAUUUUAAAACAUAGUGACGAGAAACGUGCCCACGCCAGGAUAUGUGAUCCAAUCGCACACCCUUCUGUCGGGGCUCGCGUUUUAUAUUGACUUUUUACUAAGCUGAACUCGAGAACAGGCUCUCGCGAUCGAGCCCAGGAGGCUACGAAAAGAUCGAGACGGGAGAUCGUGAAUGACCGAGGCUAUUGACGUAACAGGAAAGAAAAAGAGAGAAAACGAAAGAAAGAAAGAAAGCGCCGAUGACCGGCUGCCCCUUGCGAAGACUUUGAUACGAUAGAUUUUCGUAUUCUGACUCUGUACACAUUAAGUAAUAUCGCAUAACGGUUUCGUGUUGGUAGAAUCGUAAUCUUAUUAGCUAGUCGAGAAGUCUAGAUGAUGAAUCACGCGACACAUCACACGUACACAUACAGAGCACACAUUAAGCGUACAUGCACACUCCGAGACAUCCAAGGAACCUGCACGAUAUGCGAGGUCUGUCCCAAAAGUAUCUUUUACAGACCUCGUAUACGUUCUCGGAAUUAUCGCACUUCUUCGUGAUACGAUGAGAGGAGAAAAGAGGAAGGUAGAAACGGCUGCGUUUGUUUUCAAAAGCAUCAUGUUAAGACAUCGAUCGUUGAAAUCAAUAUAUGUGUUUUACACACACACACACACACACACACACAUACACACAUUAUAUGUAUGUAUAUAUGUGUAUAUAUAUUAUAUAUACAUAUAUAUAAUACAUAUAACAAAAAAUAAUUUCACGUCCAACACUUCUGUAAUACAAAUUAUAGAACAUUACAUGUAAUGUAUAUACAUUACAGGAGAAGAGCGUCGGACAAGAAAUUAUUUUUAAGCGCUGCAGUGAUGCUUACGAGUGCCGGCAGCCGCGGUUUUCCGAGUUUCUUCGAGGUCUCUCGUGAUAUCCAAAUGGGGAAAAAGCGCGAUAGCUCCGCGAGUAUCCUUUCUUUUUCGUAUUCGUUAGUCGAGAGCGAGAAUUCUUCGCGACGGUCCAAGCACAAUCCUAAAGAUCCGGACGACGAUAUAUACACACACGAUAAUGAUCUCAAGUCUUUAAAUUAAUUAAACGAUAUGUAAUGUAUAUCUGAUUUUUAGCCUUUGUACAUUUCGCUUCUUAUUCUCGUAUUUAUUUACUCGUGUUUGUACUCGUAGCUAAGUACUAAGUACGAAUUAAUUCAAGUGGCACGCCAAGUGUAAUAACUAACUAACCAUGCGCCCUUCGGGUCGGCUGAGUACAAAGCAUUUAUCUAACAAUAUCACGUGACGCGUAGGUAGUAGGGGUGUAAUCCAUUAUUGGUCGGCGGUGUAACGCCAGGUGUACGUACGCCGGGUAUUGUCUUCAUCAUCAUUAUUAUCAUUAUCACCAUCAUCAACAUCACUGUCAUCAUUGUCAUCAUCAUCGGUUUGACGUUCUUCCCUGUUGCUUUUUUUUCAUCUGGUUUUUAGCCCUUUCCACUUUUCGAGAACCAGCGAUCAGAGCUAGAUCACGUGACCACGAUUGGUAGCAGAGAGUGUUAGUUGGCUAGCUCGUUUGCGAUGACGGAAAUUCGGCGGAAUGCGACAAAAAUUCGCGAUUGACGCGUCGAUGCAUACCACGCAUCAGGUCGAUGGUCGCGAGCACCAGUCUGUGUAGAGUUCAAAGGGUUAAUUACUUUCCAAUUACGGGCGAUGACGUUUGCAUUUGACGUCUCUCGUCGGGAGAUGAGAGAGAAAGAGAGAAAUGAGGAUGAUUGAAAACCGUGCGAUCGCUUCGACACGAUAUAACAAGAUAGAGAGAGAGAGAGAGAGAGAGAGAGACUCAAUUCUCUGAGAUUCGACGCGUCAUUAUUGAAUCAGCAGAAACGGCAAGAUUCGAUACUAUCCGUGAGUGUAUCAUUAUAUCUUUUCUAUUCUCCUCUAUUUUAUUCCUACAUGUUGUUGGAUGUCAUUUUUGUUAGUUCAAGCCUGUGUAUCGUUCCCUUCGAGAGGCCGGUUCGAUGAGGAAAGAAAGAGGAAAGGGGGGAGAAAAAAUCGAACGAGCACGAGGGCAAUAUUGGUAGACAAGAAGGUCUCCCUCGUCUAACUUUUCGUCCACCGUAUUCAACCUUCGAAGUAAUCGCGUAACGUGUUUGUUCUAUAAAAUAGACGGAGAAAUUGGACUUUUUACUUUAGACGCGAAAGGAUUUACAAUGGACUUAUAUGUUUCUUAUUUUCCAGUUGGUCAGUCGAGUCUUACGUUUUUGUUCUUUUUCUCCUUUGUUCAAUGUUGUGCUAAUUUUUUCUAUCUACGAAGGUUCUUUUUACGUUAACGCAAUGAGUACAAGUCGGUGGAAUGAGAAAAAGAAAGAAGCAAGACGCGCGCGACCAACCCUCGCCUACUGGAGUAUUAUAGGAAUCAUUAAUAUAUAUUGUCAUUCAUUAGUUAACGCAUGUAAUAGUAAUAGUGAUAAUAAUAAUAGUAAUAAUAACGAUAAUGAUAAAUAUCAGCUUUCAGUAAUAACUAGUGAUGUAAUCUAAUUUAAUGUAUUAAUUUAUUAAUUAAGUUCUUACAAAACGCGGUAUGUAUCGCUGUUCUAUUUUUCGGCAAGUUGGCGGCUCGAAGUCGAACUUUCGAAUGAAGGUUGUCAGGCUUCUGUACACUCGAUCCGACCGCGUUCGGUGAGACGCGAGAGGAGAGAACCUUCCUCACGGACACGACGUAUCGCACAUCGAUUUCGUUCGUGCGACAGCCUCGUCGCCGCAGCUAUAUAUUCUCCGUAACAACGAGAAAGAAAGCAAAGUGUCAGUCGAUUGUUUUUUUUUCUACUUUUUAUUAAACUGUCGUACGGAUAUCCCCCUCAUCACCGGAGGCACAACACGCCAGUCUCUCUCGCGGAGUAAGAAUCCAUUCCGAAUUCAUCUGUCUCUUAUGAAAUUCCGAGGACACUUCCAUCGGACGUUUCCAAAAUCGCGCGGGACGGACGUACGGGAAGGUUUUCGCGUUUUUCUCACGUCGAAUUCGGAUCUGAUCCUGCUUCGGACCCCCCAAAUAUCGGUCUGUCUGUUCUCAACUAAAUUCGCCACCACAUUCUUCCUCCUCUUCUACUUCUAUUUCUUCUUCUUCUUCGCGCGAUGGAAAUGCAGGCAACGGGACUAUUUCAGGUCCGCAACACUUCGUUUCUUUCGCUUCGCAUCCACGCGUACGCACGUACGUACGAUCCAUUUUCUAGAAUAAGGCAGCUUUCAGACGGCAAUGAGAGUACAAUUAUAGGAUAAACAUCGGCCCGAUGGCUUUUUUUACAUAGACAGCAAGAGAAUUAAUUGCCUCCUCCUCCUCGUGUAUUCCGCUAAGGUGACAAUACAAUAAAGCGAGCCCGAUACGCUUCGGUAUCAUCGGGGUUUCGGUGGGAAUCAGGGCGCGCGUCGCUCUCGUAAAAUCCUCGGAUAUCUAGCGGGUGUCGUGAGUAAUAUAUUCUUACGUGUGUUUUUCGCCACGCGAAGUCACCUCCUUUACUACUCCAUUUCUCAAGUACGACAAGUACUGGACACGCGAGCGUGACACCCGCCGGAUUCUGCAACGCGAAGGGAAAUCAAAAUUCCAUAUCGACUUCCGGGAAUACACUUAUCGUUAGCCGCAUAAUGCACCCUAAGCGCCGUAAUAUAACGAUGUUGACGACUACUUCCAACUACUUGUCCGUAGGUACACCGAAGAAGAUCGUUGUCCUUGCUGAAAACUUUUUUAUAACGCGGAAACUCGGAAUUACAGUUCGACGAUGCCAAAAUAGUAUUAAAUAAUUAGGAGAAAUGUUUGUAAUACAUAAUAGCUGUAUGACAUACGGAAAGAAAAAAAAGAAACGAAGGAAACGAAGCGGGGUAAGAGGACUAGGUGCGGAUCG